AUGUCUCGGCUCAUCGACAGAGAAAACGGCGUGCGUACCAGACCGAUGCAGGUCAUAUGCCUUGGCCUCUGCAGGACUGGUACACUCGGCUUGUACUGGACCCUGAAUGAGCUGGGCUAUCGAACAUACCAUACAGCAGAGGCCCUGAUGGACGGCAGUCGGGGCAUUAAACUCAUGGAAGAAUCGUACAAUGCAAAGUACAUCGAGGGUAGGCCUUACGGUCGGAAGGAGUUCGACAAGUGGUAUGGCGAGUACGAUGCCAUUUCCGAUAUUCCCGCGUCUUUCUUCCCCGAAGAGAUGUACGCCGCGUAUCCUGACGCCAAGUUCAUCCUGACCGACCGCGACCCCGACGCGUGGGUCAGAUCGAUGCACAACACUGCCUUCGUAGGCGGCAAGUCGAUGAUGCUUCGAAUCCUCAGCUGGCUCGACUGGGAACUCAUAGCGCCUUUCUACAGGCUUUCCUGGAAGGUAACCUACCAAUGGUGUGGACAGCCGGACGACACCAAGACCAGGGCCCUUUACGUUGAACAUGUCAACCUUGUGAAGAAGAUUAUCCCCCCAGAGCAGUUACUAUACCUGAGGCUGGAGGAGGGGAUUACCUGGGAGAAGAUAUGUCCGUUCUUGGGGAAGCCGAUUCCAGACAAGCCAAUCCCGAGCGGAAAAAAGAAUGCCCCAGACUUCUUCCAUAAGCGAUCGCGGGAGGCGUGUGGUAUCUUCGCCGCCAGCCUGGAGCGCUACGGUUACCAUGGUAGUCAGUCUCAACGGUCUUAG